AUGUGGGUGUUUUCCGGUGGAGAGGGCCCAGGUCGUGCCGUUCUUUGCUUCAGGUGGCCGCCCCGGCGGGAUCGUCAGAGCAGUCUCUGGGGCUGCGUAGCUGGUAGCCGCCCAGUCAGUUAUCGUCACCAGAGGAGUGAGCAAGGGUUUACUAGUGCAUGGUAUGCUGCCUUGGCUAGUCGCAUGGUGGAAAUGGGCAUGAAGAACCAUGAAAUAGUUCCUGCUAGCUUAAUUGCUUCCAUUGCCAACCUUAAACAUGGUGGCUGUAACAAAAUUUUGAGAGAGUUGGUGAAGCACAAACUUCUAGCUUAUGAACGAACUAAAACUGUCCAGGGUUAUCGAUUAACUAAUGCAGGAUAUGAUUACCUUGCUUUGAAAACUCUGUCUUCCCGAGAAGUCGUAAAUUCUGUUGGAAACCAGAUGGGUGUUGGCAAAGAAUCAGAUAUUUAUAUUGUUGCAAAUGAAGAGGAGCAACAGUUUGCAUUGAAAUUACAUAGGCUUGGAAGAACUUCCUUUCGCAGUCUGAAAAAUAAACGCGACUACCACAAGCACAGACAUAAAAUGUCAUGGCUGUAUUUAUCUCGGCUAGCUGCAAUGAAGGAGUUUGCCUAUAUGAAGGCUUUGCAUGACAGAAAAUUUCCUGUUCCAAAACCUGUAGACUACAACAGGCAUGCGGUUGUUAUGGAACUUAUUGAUGGCUAUCCUUU